ACCAAAUUGUGCAAAUAAUGGUCAGUUCCAUCAGAGAAGCAAGAACCUCGCUGAAUCUAAACAUUUACUUAAAUACAAUUUUUUGCAAACAAAUAAUUACAAUGAUGACCGCAAAACAGUUAGUUUGCUUAUUGUCCUUCGCCUUUUGCAUGCAGACUGCCUGCUCCCAGGUCACACAGCCCCCUGAAUGUGGUCAGAUUGAGGAGGAGUAUAUGCCGUAUUGUCCACCAUGGGAACCAGGUCGUCCAACUUACCACCCGUAUCCGUACGACUGCAAAAAGUUUCUCGAGUGUUCCAACGGUGUAGCGAUUGCGCAAUGUUGUGCACCUGGAACAGUAUGGAAUCAAGACUUGCUAGUCUGUGAUCAUGAAUCGACGACGCCAUGCGUCAUUUUCACAACGCCACCGCCCACGGCGACCACACCCACUACGACGCCAACAACGACCACGACCCCAACAACGACCACAACCCCAACGACCACCACGACCCCAACGACCACCACAACCCCAACGACCACGACCCCAACGACUACCACGACCACAACUACUACACCAGCCCCAACAACUACAGAUGACCCAAUUACCUGGAUUUGUCCGGAAGGUUAUCAAGGACCAAUGGCCCAUCCGUAUGAUUGCCAUUACUUCUAUAUCUGCGAUCCCGGACGGCGUGCCUGCCUUAUUCAGUGUGCCUCUAAUCUGUACUACAACCCGGACACUGAGCAAUGCGACUGGCCCAACAAUGUCCCCAGUUGCGUAGGAGGCACUCCCCCACCUGGCACACCCACCCCGAAACCACGCACCACGCCAUCAUCCCUACAAAAUUACAGGAACCAACGGAGAGAUACUGCACAAGAUCCUUGCGCCUCGGACGAAACAGUGGUUAAAUUUGUUAAGAAGGCGAAUGCCAAAUAUUUGUCUUAAUUAUUUCCUCGUGUUUUAUAUUUUUAACAAAUUUUAUUUUCAAAAUAAACACUUCCAUGACUAGCUAAA